UCAUUUGUUGUUAUCUGUUUCCAUAACCUGGUUAUCAAAACAAAUAAAAAAGUGAGUGAGUUAAAAAUGUGCCCCGCGAUAUUAGACAACGAGGAGCGUAGUCUCGGGGGUAUGACUUUUUUCGCCCAAAGUCACCCAACAGAACUCUGUGGUAGCAAUGGACUGCCCGUAACCCCAAAUUCCAUAACAAUUUACGGUAAAUCGCAAUUUCUAAAGACAAUUCGUCACCAAAAUUUGUCGUCGUACCUCGAUAUAGUCCGCGGUAAACACGAACGGACGAUUGUGGUCGCGGAAUACACAGGGGCGCCAUUGUCCGGUCACAUAACCAACGAAAAUUUAACUUGGGCCACUAUUAAGUACAUCGCGUACCAAUGCCUGUCCGCACUGACCCACAUCCACGACCUGGGUCUGACCCACCGGCACCUGAGUCCCGAAAAUAUUCUGAUUACCAAAAAUCACGACAUAAAACUUUACAACUACGGGCUCUACUUCAUGACCGAUUACGGCCGGAAUGUGAGUUUCCCUAUCGGGUACCCCAAGUACACGGCGCCCGAGGUCUUUCUCCAUGACCAGACGGUGGUCAGUAGUCCCAAAGUCGACAGUUGGUCCAUCGGCAUGAUCAUUGCCGAGCUACUGCUCAAAAAGUCCUUGUGGCCAAACCUAAAACUGGCCCAGUGCCUGUGGAAGCUUCUGAGUCUCCUUCAGUCCGAAAACGGAAUCUUUGAACGGCUGGCCCGUGAGUGUGACUCCCAUGAUAUUUACAAAUCAAUACCCCAAGAUCUGCGGCAAUUCGUAGAGGCCGCACUGGAGGUUAAUCCGUCGAAACGUUUGGGCGCCAAGGAACUUUUGAAUCUCCCGCUUUUCAAAGACUUGAGGUCAGGGGACGCUGCAGAUGAUGACGAGUUCAUAGACGUGGUUACACGCAAAAUGGACGACUAUUACUAUCUAUGGCAACUCGCUGGUGGCGACAUGACAGUCGAGUUAAAAAAACAGGGACUCAUUAGAUCACGACCGCCCAUUUUGUCGAUACCGAAUUUGAUUAUUUUGCUGGGUCAGAUGUUCGGUCGGCGGGACACCGCGGGUCUGCUGGACCUACGGGUGGUAAAAGUCCCCCUGGAUACUUUGAAACAGCGACUGUACCACGUGCCCUACAUAGCGAACUGCCCGAAAUUGAUGACCGAAGCUGACCUUAAGCUACAGGACGAAUUGACCAGUUCGACUUCUAAGCUUCCGCUGAUCAUCCGCGAGAGGGAUACCGAGUAUCAGUUUUAUAGGUUAGUUUUGUAUGAGAGACUUCUGCAGGGGUACCCGGUAACACGGACGGCCAUUUUGAGAGAAGCUCACAAGGACAUUCCGCCACCGGUCAGGGGUAAAGUUUGGGCGGCUUUGCUGGGAGUUGUUGGGGACAUUCAGAAGAGGUAUGAAAAAAUUGACAAGGAAACCCCGACCCACACUGACAGGCAGAUUGAGGUCGACAUUCCUAGAUGUCACCAGUACAGUGAGCUGCUGUCCUCUGGCGCGGGUCAUGAGAGACUACAGAGGCUACUGAAGGCCUGGGUUAGGAAUAAUCCGCAGUACGUCUAUUGGCAGGGACUCGACUCACUCACGGCGCCAUUUUUGUAUUUGAAUUUUAACAACGAGGCGAGGGCGUUCGCGUGCCUGGAAGCUUUUGUGCCCAAAUACUUGCAUCAGUUCUUCCUGAAGGACAACAGUAAGGUCAUUCAGGAAUACCUGGGAAAGUUUUCGCAGAUCAUUGGGUUCCAUGAUCCGAAACUGGCCAAUCAUUUGAAGGGAAUCAAUUUUGUGCCGGAAUUAUUCGCGAUUCCUUGGUUUCUUACCAUGUUUUCACAUGUAUUUCCGUUGCAUAAAAUUCUUCACUUAUGGGACAAAUUAUUACUAGGAGACUCAUCAUUUCCUUUGAUGGUCGGCCUGGCAAUUUUGAAGCAACUGAGAGAUUCGUUACUGACCUCCGGUUUCAACGAAUGCAUUUUAUUAUUCUCAGACUUACCGGAAAUAGACAUUGAAUUAUGUGUCAAAGAUUCGAUGGAUAUGUACAAUAAUACACCUACUAGUAUUACUUACCGUAAAUAUCAGUAUGACCAAUCAAAAGCGAAUAAUUGGAAGGAGCCAGAAAACGGAACUGAAAAUAUGCCGAGGAUCAGUAUCGAUGAUUUUAUGUAUUACUAUGACAAUAAACGUGACAAAUUAAUAGUAGUUGAUAUCAGAAAUAAUAUACAAUAUGAGCGAGGAGCAGUGAAAGGAAGUAUAAAUAUACCAUUCACUAGUGUACAGUUGUCUCAUACGAGCAUAGAGACACUAGGAAGCCAAGCAAAAAUAUUAAUUGAUCAUGAAAAUAAUAAUCGGGUUGUGGUUAUUAUUGGUCCGCAUGAUCAAAAUAAUGCUUUGUUUGCCGAAUUUUUGAUAAAAUGUAACAUAGCAGGAGUAUGCUCUCUACAGGAUGGUAUUUAUGCCCUCAGAUCAAAGUGUCCAAAUAUUCUGGUAUCAAUACGUGACCAAAUAUUUGUAUAAAUUAAUUAUAUAUACAUAUAUAUUUAUAUAUUUUUAUAUAAAAUAUUUUAAUUGUAAAUUUAAAAAAUAUAAAUAAUUUUUCUUUUUA